AUGGAGGAUGACGAUGGUUGCGAUAAAAUGAAUGCUGAUAAGUUAUCAGCAAUUCAGUUGGACGAGCUCGAUAAAACCGUUGUCGUUAAUCGAUGCUAUAUGGAUUUCUUGGGACAGUUAACUAGGAGAAUUGAUUCGUUACUAGCUGGAAAUCGACGAGAGCAGGCACUGUUGAAGCGAAAGAUCCAUAGUGUUGAAGAUCUGGAAAAUGAUAACGAAGCUAAUCGGAAGAGUGCUUCUCCUGCAAUGUUUUUUCCACCUUAUUUUAAAGAUACUUCGGGAAUGGUUAGUUUGAAAUUGCUGCCGUUUUCUUUUUUUAUUUGUUGCUUUUUAUGUGUGGUAUCCGACAGUUCAUCUUCAUGA